AUGUCAGAUGUUCCCAUUUCUGCCCCUACGACCGAGCCAAGCUCAUUCAUAACUGUGACUUCGGCAAAUCAGUUUGAUGAGCAGGCUGAUUUUACAGAUCACAUCGUCUCUUCGCUGCGUCAAAACAAUGAGUAUCAUGUGUUUAUAUUCACUGGCGUGCCUCCCUCGUGGGCGGACGCAGUGUAUCAGCUUAUUGAUGAAAAUUCCCUCUCGAAAACAUCCAGAAAAAGCUAUAACAGUAAGAGCCGCGAGCUGCGGAUUAGAGUCAUGCACACCGAGAUAAUCAACUCCAUCCAGUCGUGGUUGUUUCAUCCACCGAUGGACUGGUUUUUUAAUGGCGACAUCACACGACAAGAAGUAGACCUGUUUUAUCCAGGAGUCGGCACUACCCUUUACUUUAAAUCCGGCCCAUAUAGCGGCUCCUGGAAGGAACCUGACUUGUUUUUCCUAGCUAACUAUCAUAUUCUCCCGACUCUUGCGGUAGAAUCCGGCUGGAGUGAGGAAAAGGAACAGCUCCACAAGGGCAUGGAUCUAUCGCUAGUGGGGGGCAAUGGUACCACUAAGGUUGUCAUUAUUGUCGAAUGGACAAAGUUAAACGAAGGUCGCGUCUCGGGGACUGUUGAACUCUUCGUCAGAGACAGCAAUGGGAUGCCAGCACUACAACAGAGCGAGACUAUAUUCCCGCGUCCUGCAACUCCCAACGACCUCUGGAUCAGAAGACGGGACCUUUUGGGGCCAGCGCUGCUGCCAGACCGUAAUGGCGACGACAUGCUUUACUUCAAUGUCGAGAGAUUACGUGAUAAGGCCACUGGAGCCCUCGGUCUCAUGGAUCUUGUUCCCGCUUAG